AUGAAUAAAGACCAAUUACAGCAAGACCUUUUAAAGAAUAUCAAGCCUGGAGUGAAACCUUCUGACUUAAAGAAAAAACCCCAAGCACCCAGUCAAACUUCAACCCCUCCUUCCAGUCCUCCGACUAAAGAACUAAAAAACCAACCAAACCAACUCAGCCAAGAAAUAGCCACAGCUUUAAAAGAAGCUAACCAAAAAAUCAGGGAAUUAGAAGCCCAAAAUAAACAACUCAAAGAAAAUAUCACCCAACUAAAAAACCAAGCAAAAAACACCGCAGAAGCCAAAGAAAUCGGAACCCAAACUGAACCUAAGCCCAAACACUAUCUCUUCACCUGUGAUAUCUGUGAACAAAACAAAAAGUCUCAACUCCACCUAGCCAAAGUAAACGGCUUAGGCAUCGACCCCAACAAACAAAAUAAAAUCUGUGAUGCUUGGGAAGAUAUGUUGAGUGAUACUUACGGGAGAGCUCAAUUAUUAAAACAACAGCAAAAACAGUUGAAAACUAUCGAAAGAGAAGAAACCACCGGGAGAAGAAUCCAAAACGAAGAUGGCACCAUUGCUUACAAAGACACUUACGAUAAAACAGACAGUGAAAGUACAGGCACUACACCAACCCAGCAAAAUUAUUAUCUCGAAUGCAUCACUCGCUACUACAAAAGAAAAGAGAAAGAAAAAGCCCCAACAGGCUCACUUACAGCCCUUGGAAUAGAAAAACAAAAAGAAUUAGCCGAAGGAUUAAUUGAAGCUUGA